AUGGCAAUGAAGACUUUGAAGGAAGAUCUUAGUGGUCUCGUUAAUGCAAUACCUCUCCCACCGUACUUGAAGAAUGUCACCGAGGAUGCUCGAAAAGAGUAUUUCGGCACGGUGUUGUCCAUGAAUAAGACAGUAGCGCAGCUGAAGCAGAACGUCCUGGAAUGGGCACAAAAGCAUGGAGUUGAGGCAGAAGCACAGGAGUUUAACGCGAACUUGACCAGCAAUAUGAAGGAACUCAGGCAGAAUGUGACAGAACUGAUAAACUCGUUGCCAUCGACUCUACAGCAGUUCGCCUCACUGAUUGAAAAUGAAAAUCAAACUCCAGCGCAACUAAAAAACGCUACUGAAGCGCUCGCGGUUCAGAAUCCUAAAGUCAGUUCUAUU